GGCGGAGCCCAGGCUGGGAGACAUGAUUCGUAGCGUCCUCCGGCUACUUCUCGGCAGCUUCCUUACCGAGCUGUGCGCCCGCGUGUGCCCGGUGCAGGAGCGAGCGGGGCACCGGCAGCUGGCUCAGCUGGGCUGCGUGGUAGUGCUGGCGCGGGGAGGGGGGCGUGCAGCCGCUCUGGGGGCUGCCUCGGAAGAGGCCAGCGAGGGCGCGGGGGUCUGGGACGCGUCCCCUACCCGAGCGCCCACGCCGAACUUCUGCCGGGGCUACUUCGAUAUCAGGGAGGAGUGGGACCAGCCGUUCAAUUGUUCCUCGGGCGACUUCAUCUUCCGCUGAGGGACUUGUGACUUGCGAUUCUGCUGCACGGUUAAGAAGCGGCGACUGAACCAGAGCACCUGCACCAACUCUGACAUUCCGCUGUGGCUCAACACCCGCAAGCCUCCAGCGCGCAAGGACGGCCCCCUGCACCACCCCACGAAGGACAAGACCAACCUGAUCCUUUACAUCAUGUGCGGGGUGCUGGCUGUCAUGCUUGUAGGCAUCUUCACCAAGCUGGGGCUGGAGAAAGCGCACCGGCGGCAAAGGAAGCCAAGUCCAGUUAAUGUACAGCAAAAAACUGCAAAGAGCAACACGUUGGAGAAAGAAAACACAGAGCUGGCUGAAGCAAUAUCCAUGUGGGAACAGAAGUCAGAAGAUGCAAACGGUCAGUUGGAGGAACUGAGAGCCUGGAGGUCCAAUAAACGUGCACUGGAAGCAAGGAUAAAGGACGUGGAAGACAUUCGUAAUGCUUUGAGUUCUACUAAAGCAAUCAGGGAAGAAACAGCCAAAAGCCUGAAGGAGAGAGGAGACGUCCUUGAUGAAUUCUAUGAAGAAAGAAAAAUGGCUACAGCAAAGAAUCUGGAUAUGACAAACUGUGAACUAGUGGCAAUGAAGAAUCAGAUGGCAACUGCAGAGGAAAAUCUGAAAAUAGCUACAAGGGACAUAGACAAGUGCAAACAGGAAAUUGAACAAACACGAGAACAGCUGCAGAAGGCAGAACUCACCUUCACACACCAGGUCGCAGUUUAUGAGCGUAAUGCUGCGGAAAACUGGAUCAAGACUCAGAUCUGGGAGAUGAAAAUGGCGGGACAGAGCCGGGAGAUCGCCCGCUUGAAAUACAGACUGGUUGGGAUGGAAGGAGAGAGGCUGGUUGAGGCAUACAGGAGGUGGAGACCAAUGCCUGGAAGUCCAGAGAUGCAGAACGCUCCGAGGAGAGAGCCUUCAGCCGAAGCUGGUGUCACUCCCAUGAGUCACAACUACAAGCAGUCUACCAACAAUGCCGAGAAGGACAAGGGCAGUGUGGAUCCGUGGCGACCUCCUCCAUCAACUGGAAGAUUCUGCACACCCUACCCUAGAGGCCACCGUAUGAUCUCCUGUGCACAUCCACCUCCUGUGCCAGGUUCGGGACCAUCCCGAAACCCUCCACCUGCACCACUUGGGCCUUUUUCAGAUCCACAUGUUGCUCCUGUGAGUAACAACAACACUGACUCUACCAAAAGGAUCACGGAGGACAAGGCCAUUAUGAAUGCAAGAGGGCCUGGUCCUUCCCCAGGAUCGCCUUGCAGGCUGUCCCCCAUGGACCACCCUUCACCACCAGUCACGGGCGAUGGGCCACCUCCGCCUCCUCCCCCAGCUCCUCCACGUACUAAAUUUGGUUUGCGUCUCCGAAAGUUCCCUCGCAAUCUCCUGAGGUUUUGCCUGUGUUCCUGCUGUGUCAGCUCUAGGCGGUCAUCUCAGAGCCUCAGGAGAAUGCGAACUUCGUGGACCCUGAACUAUGACCAAUAGGCUGUGGUGAUGUGAUAUAUUUAGAAAAGUUGUCUGGUAUGCAUAUUUGACUGAAUUCUUUCCCUGACCAUUCCUGUCCCCUCUAUUUUGUUUUUCCUCGUUUCCCUUAAUAAACCCAUCACAGUUCUGUA